CGCGGCUGCCUCGGUUGCUAUCUGGAUAUAUCCCAAACCUUUCCCUGAUUGACGAGUCCCUCUGGCUGUUCUCUAGCAAGACACCACAAAUGCAGCACUCAAGGCUGGUCACAGACCGAAAAUGGAGGUAGCCGACAUCGCCCUAGCCGCGAGCACAUCGCCCCUCUGCAGCACGUGCAGAACCACUGGUCCCUGGAGCGCAGCUGGUUGGAAAGACUUCCACACCCGCGAGACGUACCGCACGCAUCUGAAAUGGAUGAGGGAAGAAUCCAGCAUGAUCCGCUCACUGUCGUACGAGCUCAGCGUCGAGCAGUUCCACGCCGACGCGGAGCGGUGUGCGUGGUGCGCCGCGCUGCUGGAGCAGCUGGGACUGCCGCCCACCGCCGCCAUCGCAAAGGAGCAGGCCGAGUUCACGGGAUACAGCUUCUCACUCGAGUUCUGCGCACCAGAAGGGGUCCGGCCCGUGCGCAUCAAUGCAAUCAGGGUUCUGCUGACUGCCGACCGAGCGGGCGGGUUCACGCCGUUUCGCGCGAGGUUCAAUGUUCUCGCGAGACCAGACUCCAUAGCAGACAAGGUAUUCCUUGCUCCUCGAGCAACCAUGUACAAGGACUCGGAAUUCAACCACAAGCUGGCGAGAGAGUGGAUCGACUACUGCACGUCGAGCCACGACCAACGGGGAGCCAGUCCCAGCACAGAUGAAGCAGCCCCAAGCCGCGAGGAAAGCCUUCCACUUCUUCCCACACGCAUCUUGGAAAUCAGCCCCGAUGCCGAGAACCCAGAGGCACCAUCCAUUGUCCUCCGCGAAGCGGUGCCAGGCCAGAGGGGCAAGUACAUCUGCCUCUCGUACACGUGGGGUCCUCACACGCGGCACAACUUCCCACAGCUCGCCCGCAGUCUUCUCCGGCACGACGACUCUGCCACAGAGACGGGCCAUCCAUCCGAUGCCCCGCUCCCCGUAGUCUUUGUCGAUGCCGCGCACGUCGCCUUGAAGCUGGGCAUUCGCUACCUCUGGAUCGACGCGCUGUGCAUAUGGCAGGACGACAGUGCCGAUCUCAAGGCCGAGCUCUCCGAGAUGCACCGAUACUUCAGCGAGGCGACAGUCGUGGUGCAGACUUCUGGGACGAGGUCUGUGGACGAGCCGUUCCUGGGAGAGGCGAGGAACUCUGCCGUGGGGCAGAUGCUGCACGAUGCUUUGCACGCUGGGUCUGCGGAUGGGGGGGACUUCCUGAGGCUGCCCUAUCUCCAUGAGCACUUUCAGGGGGAGGAAGGCGAGCAGCCCCGCCAAAUCAAGGAAAAGAAGCCCGAGGACAGUGAACCGGACGCGAGUGAAGGGGGGCAAGUGUCCGAGCAACAAGAGCAAUCCCAGGGAGACGUCAUCUUUGUCAUCCCACAGUCAUCCCUGCCGUGGCCCUACGAUGCCAACUCCCAGGUCUCCGCGUCGCGCGGCUGGAUCUUCCAGGAAGAAAACCUCUGCCGGCGCCUGCUCGUCUUCCCCUCGGGCGGCGGGAUGCUGUACACCUGCGACUCGGGCACCCACUCCCGGACCAUCCAGCACGACGGGCAGGUCAACCACCACCUCCCCACCCGGGUCGGGGGCGGCGGGCGCGACCGCAGACCGGCCGGCUUGCCGGUCUGGGGAAAGGAGAGCCUCAUGUCCCCGAGCACGGGUUCCCGAGCGGGGUGGCCUACGUCCCCUUUAAUGAUCGGGUGCUCGUGCAGAUCGACUUUAUGCGGAAGCUUGCGGUGCUGGGGAAUCGGCCGGAGCUGGUGUUUGGCGGUAAUGGGAGUGUUGUUCUGACGCUGAACCUUACCCAGGAGGAGAGGGAUAAGAGAAGCGCGGGGUGGAGAGCAGCGAAGCCGCAGGGGAGGGUGGAGGAAAUCGAGGAGGGUCAGGGCAAUGCUGAGGAGGUCUCGCGGAAUGACGCAGAAGGGUCUCAGGACAGGGUGGAAGCGGGCGAUGGAGCACCAGAUCAGGAGCAAGACGAGGACCCCGUGUCAACAGCCGACCGAUCACUCUCCCGACUCACCUUGCAGUCCUCAGACGAUUCAGACACUCUCGAGGAAAACAACAAGAACAUGCCAUCGACAGAUCCGGGAGAGACUGAGACGGCAGCCGCCGAAGAAA